AUGGGCAGGACGUCCAAAGCGGCCCUGGAGUCUAUACGAGCUUAUCCACACGGUUGGUAUCCAUCGCAUCUGCCUUUGCGUCGGCGGCAUGCGUCGCAGGCUCUCGCCACAUAUCGAUCACGGCUCUUGCGGGACAAGGCAUCCGCUUGCUCGUCGGCGCUGGCACGCUUUGCACUCAUGGUCGGCUGGUCAGGGCAGCGCUGGGAAAGGGGCGGAGAAGCACAAGGAAGAGAGCCGACCUAUUGCAACGUCCGUAUUGGCAUCCUGGAGGUGCACGAGCCGACCUCACCCGCAGGUUUUGCCGAGACGAAUGCCGGCUGCAACUGUCGCAUUCUUUUGACAUGCCAGAUACCAACCCUCAACCUUCGAGAUUAUCUGCUAUGUAUAUCCUGCUCUGAUCGUGCAACCAACUUUGACGCGCUUGCAAGCAGCAUAGCAGAGAGAACGGUAUCACCAAUCCAACUCUUGCCACCCUACCAUGCCGUGUCCACUGUACACUGUCGCUUGAAGCUUGACGACGGCGGCUGGUGGAUGGAUGACCUAUUGGGCUUGCCGGCAUGGAAUUCGGUCCUUGAUAGCGGCUGGCACACGAUAAGGCUUGAUAUAGAGCAGCGAAGAGUAGAAGUCGACACGACAUACAUUGAGGGCCCUUUCCCGCUUGCGAUACGGAAUCAACGCUACACCGCUGGUAUUACCACGAUGUCUGCCAAAGGAGGCGAAUAUAAUAUGGAAGCACUGGCUCCAAUCCCAUCAGGGCCUGAGCUGGGCUCGGUAGAGGAGCUUCAGGGCCGAUCCGUCAGACCUUUCAACACUAUAUCGACGUUGGCCGUUUCCAUGACACUGAUGGCGACGUGGGAAGCGAUUUGCAGCACCAUGGGUUCCGGUCUGAUAAGUGGAGGACCCGUAUCUUUGGUGUAUGGUUCUAUCCUUGCUUUUAUCGGUAGCAUGUGCACGGCCUUGACGCUCGCCGAAUUGGCGUCCAUGUACCCUCAUGCUGGCGGACAGUAUCAUGUUCUGUCUGAGAUCGUUGCCAACAAGUUCAAACCAGUCCUGGCCUGGUACUGCACUUACUUGACUUCGCUCGGCUGGCUGGCCCUUUCAGCUAGCGCCCCCUUCCUGGCCAGCCAAAUGACCCAAGGACUGCUCGUUUUCAAUUACCCGAAUUUCAAGCCCCAUGCCUGGCUUUCCAGCUGUAUAUAUUGGGGCAUACUUCUGGUUGGGUAUAUCGCAAAUGUAUGGGGCUAUCGUAUGCUUCCUUUGUUGGAGAAACUUGUCAUGAUUCUGCAUAUUCUAUUCUUCAUCGUUGUGUUCGUUAUAGCGCUCGUCCUGCCCCCGGAACGCAAAUCGGCCAGUUUUGUCUUCACUACCUUCGUCAACGAGACUGGAUGGCGAAGCGAUGGAGUUGCUUGGUUUCUCGGACUACUGACCUCAUCAUAUGUUAUGGUUGGUUACGACGCUGCAAUGCACCUUUCCGAAGAGAUGGCAGAUCCAAGAAUCGAGGUGCCUCGAGCGAUGGUUGGUGCCAUCGGCUUCAAUGGUAUCUUAGGUUUCGCUGUCCUCCUUGCAGUCCUGUUUGGCAUGGGUGAUAUCGAAGCCGCCUUGGGAACGCCUACAGGCUAUCCCAUCAUCGAGGUGUUCCACUGGAUGACGCGCGGCAAUAAAGCAGCAGCAACUGCUCUUACCUGCACAAUCGUACUGUCAGCGGCCCUUGCCACGCUCGGUUUGGUAGCAACAAGUUCCCGAACGAUCUGGUCUGCCGCGCGCGAUGGCGUACUUCCAGGCUCUGAAUAUCUGGCCAAGCUUAGUGCACGACACAACGACGUACCUUUCCUGGCGAUCACCUUCACUACCGCUCUGAUGGCUCUGCUUGAACUCCUCAAUAUCGCAUCUACAACUGCGUUUACGGCUAUCCUAUCACUCGCUGUGGUCGCGCUGUACGUAUCGUACCUGAUGCCUGUCAGUGUAAUGCUGUAUCUUCGACUACAGUUACGCAACGAUAUCAAAUGGGGGCCUUGGAAACUCCCUUCUCCGGUAGGACUGAUCGCCAACAUCAUUUCCGUCUGCUACACUACAAUCGUCAUUGGCUUCCUAUUAUUACCACCUGCUCAGCCUGUUACUGCUGUCAACAUGAAUUAUGCUGGGAUUCUGAGGAGCAGUGCAAUUCGAGCCUCGUUCAUAGCCAAGCCAAGCAGUGUGAAUUAG